AACAAAAAAAAAUAAAGAGAGAAAAUGGGUUCUAAGUACUCUUCUUCCUCCCAUUUUCUUUUGUCUUCAAAGCAAAAAACUUUUGUUAUUCUCUUGCUUUUUUUCAUAAUCAUCCCACUCAUCAUUCCUUUUGAGAAGCCAAAUAGUGUUCCUAAUCUCACAAACAGAAUCAAGUUGGUGGAGAAAACAAAUUUAAAGCCUCCUUGGUUUGAUAUCAUAGAAAAUUCCAUUGGUAGAAGCAAUAGCAUUAACAUAGGCCUUGUUAACAUUAACAAAAGUGUGGAAACUACCCUUUAUCAAGAACUAACUUCACUUCAUCCACAAGUGGAGAAAGUGGUAUCCGUUGACUUUGACCACGUCGACGGAAGCUUGGCAUGGAAGGAUCUUUUUCCGGUGUGGAUCGACGAGGACGAGAUAAACAGCAAGCCGAAAUGCCAUGACAUGCCAAUGCCAACUUGGGAAGAUUAUAGAGACAUCAAUGUGGUGGUUGCAAGAGUUCCAUGUGGGAACAGAACAAAAAAGGGAGGGGUUAGAGAUGUGUUUAGGUUGCAUGUUAAUUUGGUAGUGGCUAAUUUGGCUGUGGAGAGUGGUUGGGUGAAGAAAUUGGAUUCUUAUGAACAAGUUUAUGUUGUGUUCAUUGGGUCUUGUGAGCCCAUGAUUGAGAUUUUCAGGUGUGAUGAUUUGUUGUUGCAUGAUUCAUUAUUGGGUGAGUUUUGGGUUUAUGAACCUGAUUUGAGAAGCUUAAGGCAGAAGACAUUAAUGCCUGUUGGUUCAUGCCAGAUUGCUCCUCCUUAUGCUGAAAUAGGCAAAGAGGUAUGGAGGGGCUACAUGUCACAAUCAGCAGCAACAGAAAAUUACAAUCAAACCAUGAUGAAGUUACCAAGAUUUGCCUAUGUGACAGUUCUUCACUCAUCAGAAGCAUAUGUUUGUGGUGCAAUAGCAUUAGCACAAAGCCUCCUUCAAAGAGAAUCAAGCACCCUUCAAUACAACAAUUACAUCAUAGAUCUUGUUCUUCUUGCAGAUGAUUCAAUUACUCCCAAAUCCAUAAGGGGUCUCAAAGCUGCAGGGUGGAAAAUCAAGCGCAUAGAAAGGAUCCUUAACCCUUAUGCUGAAAAGGGUACCUACAAUGAAUGGAACUAUAGCAAAUUAAGAAUAUGGCAACUCACUAUGUAUGACAAAAUCAUAUUCCUAGAUUCUGACCUAUUAGUCCUCAAGAACAUUGACGAUUUCUUUAGUUACCCUCAAUUAUCCGCCGCGCCUAACGAUUUCACGUUGUUUAAUUCGGGGAUGAUGGUGAUCGAGCCGUCGCAAUGCAUGUUCAAGCACUUGCUAGACAAAACUUUAGAGAUCAAAUCAUAUAAUGGUGGUGACCAAGGUUUAAUCAAUGAAGUAAUAACAUGGUGGCAUAGGUUACCAAGAAAAGUUAAUUUCCUUAAGAACUUUGAGCCUUUGCCAGGGGAGAAUGAGAAACAUGAGAUACCAAACGAGUUGUAUGUGAUGCAUUACUUGGGGUUGAAGCCAUGGAUGUGUUACAGGAACUAUGAUUGUAAUUGGGACAUGUUAAAAUUACAUGUUUUUGCUAGUGAUUCAGCACACCAAAGGUGGUGGGAGGUUUAUGACAACAUGCCAAAAGUGUUGCAAAGUUAUUGUGGACUUUCUAAGAAGAUGGAUGAGAGGAACAUGAAGAGGAGACAGAGGGCAAGAAAUAAUAGAAAUUUCAAUGAUGAUCAUUGGAACAUUCAGGUUAAGGAUCCAAGAAGGAACCGUCUUGCGGAUCAUUAUAAUUAAUUAACGAUUAAUGUUAGGUAAUCAACUUUUUAUUAAU